UAGAUGGUGAAGAGAAAACAUAUGGUGGCUGUGAAGGGCCAGACGCUAUGUAUGUUAAAUUGAUUUCCUCUGACGGCCAUGAAUUUAUUGUGAAACGUGAACAUGCAUUAACAUCUGGAACAAUAAAAGCCAUGUUGAGUGGUCCAGGUCAGUUUGCUGAAAAUGAAACCAAUGAAGUGAAUUUCAGAGAGAUCCCCUCUCAUGUUCUAUCCAAAGUCUGCAUGUAUUUUACUUAUAAAGUUCGUUAUACGAACAGUUCUACAGAAAUCCCAGAAUUCCCCAUUGCACCAGAGAUUGCACUGGAGCUCCUGAUGGCUGCAAACUUCCUAGACUGUUAA